UUUGCGAAAAUAAAAUUCGUGUAUUUGUGUGAAGUGAAUAUAAAACUGUAAAUUUUGGAAAUGGAUGAGCCAUUUGGUGAAAUCCCGAAAUCCAGACAAAGUUCGAAAACUGAACACACGUUUGAUGAGCUCGAAAGGGUCGACGAGAAGGGCACAGUCGAAAAUAAGCUCAUAUGCAAGCCCGUUCAGUCAUUCCACAGAGACUCCAAUGUUAUUUCCUUUCACAUUCCCCACAAGAAAUUGCUUGAAAAAAUCGAAUAUAAGAAGCCACCCCCGGAACCUUUGGCUGGUUUCUCGGAGAUUCAACAAGAUUUGUUGAGUCGCAAAAGAAGCGCUUCUGAGGACCUCAAUGUUAGUUCCUCCGAGGAUGAAUCAAUCGUCAGUGAUGUUUCAAAGUUUGGUUUAAAAUUCCGCCGAAGUACUCUUUCGCCCUCUGUAGCCAAAGAACCCGUUCUCCCUCAUGCAAAACUUUACGAUGUUAUGGACCAAACCGAAUGGAUAGAAAAAUUGCGUCAAGCUGCCGAUGGUUAUUUCAUUUAUAUGACUUAUACGGUACCCCAAUCAUCGGAAUUGUACUCCCCCUAUGCCCUUAGUGUUGUACCGUUUACAAAUGUCGACAAGAGUAAUUUCUUCACGAUGAGUUCCAAAGGUGUGAUGCAACACCAAGGGGUUGAGACUGUUUUCACCCCUUUGGAUGUGUGGGAGCGCGAGUUUAAAAUGUACUGCAAAUUGAUGCAUUUUCGCACAUUUUACCGUUUUCGAUUAUGGAAGGGUUUCUACGUUUGGAGGAAAGCAGUAGUUCGGAAAAAAUUCAAAUCGGCUCAAACAUAUCUCAACGAGAAUUUAUUUAUUUUAAAUAAUGAACUACGAGCGGGGCUUUUAGCCAUACAACAAAUGUGUUACAAAAUGACUGAUAUUUCGUUCAUCGAUGAUGAGACCAUCGAGGAUUUUCUCUUGUUUUAUUUCAUCGAGAAUCAGAUGGAAAAACUCGAAUCGGUGUCUGAAAAGCUGGAAGAAUUUCGUGAAGUGGCCAAAGAUAUCGUUUCAAAUGCCUGUCAUGGGGCCCUUUUAGCCAAAGGCUUUGUCCCAAAUGAAUUACUAGUUGAACCAACGAAAGAACGAAAACGUGGAAUUGUUACCAAAGCUCAAGCCAAGAAAACGUCAUACAUUGAACAAGCAGCAAAGAAAAAAUUUUGUAUGCGUCUCACGUGUUUUAUUAUUCUCGCCGAUUAUUUAAUGAUCGAUUUGAUGCACAAUUUAAUUACACGAUCAACGCAAGAUCUUAAUGUUAUUUUGGAAAAACACAUCGAAUUUUUACCGUCGCAGGAAAAAAUCGAAGCUGCGACAAUUACGGAGAUUUUGGAAGCACCGAGACCAGAGGAGGCCCCACAGCUUCCUUUAUUCAUCACCGAUGUGGUUUUGGAUGCGAAGAAAUUGUCACUGGAUCCGUCACUAAACGUCACUUUAAAUAUUUUUAACCAAGUGAUGGAUUUGUGGCAAGAGCAUUGCAAGAAAAUCAAGUCUUUCACCGCCGACGAAAUGUAUAGAAUUUUCACAAAUCCGAUAAUAAAUGGCAAAGAGGAGGCCCGGAUUUGCGGUUACGGCCCCACUCUGCACUUCUACCUUGACGAUGACAAGAAACUGAAAGCUUCUCGACGCCAAGUGAUCAAACAUUUCGACCAUAAUUACAAAAUGGCCCAAUUAUACGUGAAUAAAUACAAUUAUAUUCGUGAAUUUUUCGCCGAAGACGAGGAAAUGAAAGAGGAGGCUUUGAAAGAAGAAAGGGAUAUUGAAACGUUUCGAAACCUGUGUAAUCGUUACCAUCAGGAACUUGAUAUUAUUGACGGUGUUAUAGUGUCGCAGUCUCUUGGAAUGUUAAAUUUGCAAUUGAGUCACUUGAAAGACUGUGCAAAACCGGAACCGGAAAGACUGAUUUCGGCCCUAACUCAUAUUCUUCCUUGGAUUGGUAAAAGCGAAAUUGAUCGAUUGAUUGAAGAGUCGGAGAAUAUGGAAACGAGUCUAAACCACCAACCGGUGACAACUGUUGAUUAUGUGAAAUAUUUGGAGUAUUUGGAUGAUGCUAAUACCAGAUUGAAUGACAUGGAAAAUAAUUUGGAUUAUUGCAAGGAAUUGUAUGAUAUUAUGGAGGAGUUUGCUAUACCGGUCCCCGACGAAGAUAUGAACAAUUAUCUGGGGGUUAGUGUGACUAUGGCCUCGUUGCGUAAUUUAGUCGAUCGAAAAUUGGACGAAAUUAAUAAAACCAUCAAGAGUUUCAACGAUCAAAUGAAUAAGGAUAUCAGUGCGUUGAUUUCGGAAGUUGGGGCUAUAAAAGACGAGUGCAUGCAACCUUGGUUGUACGAUAUUGAGUCAAAUAUCGGCGAAGUGACUGAAUUUUUGAACGAUUUGUACGAAAGACUUGUGACGUGUCAACAGAGAGCGGCCGAAUUCAAAGGCUACCAGAAACAAUUCCGGUUGGAAGUGACCCGUUUUGAUAUUUUGGACGAAGUUAUGGCCGAUGUGAAGUUGCGAAUGCUCCUAUGGGAAAGUGUCACAUCUUGGAGUAAAACCGUCGACGAGUGGUACCAUUCCGAUUUCAGCGAAUUGAACGUCGAAGACAUGAAUUUGUACACAGCGAAGACCAUCAAAAAUAUAAAUCUUCUAGAGAAGGGGUUACCCAAAAAUCUCAUUGUUCCGAAAUUGAAAGACGAUGUUGAAUUGAUGAAAACUAAGUUGCCAGUCGUUGCAUAUUUGCGAAACCCGAGUUUGAGACAACGCCAUUGGGUCCAAGUCGAGAACAUUCUCAGUUACAAAUUCAAGCCUGACGAUGAAGUGACACUUGAACUAUUGGAAAAUUUGAAAGUUUUUACUUUUGCCAAUGAACUUCAAGAGAUUUCGGGACAGGCGAGUAGCGAGGCGAGUCUUGAGCAGCUUUUGAAGAAGGUGGAAGAGUCAUGGAAGACGCUCGAGUUUCAAGUUAUGUUGCAUAAGGAUUCCAAGGAUGUUUACAUUUUGGGAUCGUUGGAAGAAGUGCAGAGUGUUUUGGAUGAUAGUACUAUCAAUAUUACGACAAUUGCAAGUUCGAGACAUGUGGGGCCGAUUAAAGGACGUGUGGAAGAGUGGGCAAGACAAUUGGAUUUGUUUUCGAGGACAUUGGAUGAAUGGGUGGCGUGUCAACAGAGUUGGAUUUAUCUAGAGGUGAUUUUUUCGGCGCCGGAUAUACAAAGACAACUUCCAAGCGAAUCGAAGCUUUUUAUUGUUGUGGACAAGUCGUGGAAGCAGAUUAUGCGCAGGACAGCAAAGAUGCCUCUCGCGAUGGAAGCAGCAUUGUACCCCGAUUUGCUAGCAGAACUCCAGAAAAACAACGCCCUUUUGGAGCAAAUCAUGAAAUGUCUGGAAUCCUACUUGGAGGUGAAACGUGUAGCCUUUCCCCGCUUCUAUUUCCUCUCAAACGACGAACUUUUGGAGAUUUUGGCCCAGACGAGAAACCCCCACGCCGUUCAACCUCACUUGCGUAAAUGUUUCGAUGCCAUUGCACGUUUGGAAUUUGCAGCAAAAGAAGAGGAAGUCGGCAUAACACCUGGUGGUGGUGAUGAAGAUGUGAAAAAAUCAAAAUCUGUGACAAUGCUUACGACGAAUAUUUCGGCAAUGAUCAGUCCUGAAGGUGAACGAGUUGCACUAACAAAAGGCCUAAAAGCGCGAGGAAACGUCGAAGAUUGGCUAGGAAAAGUUGAAUCAUCAAUGUUUUUCGCUUUGAGACGUUUAAUGAAAGCAGCAUUGAUUGAUUUUGAAUCAAGUCAACGAAUUGAUUGGGUGGUGAGACACCCAAGUCAAAUAACAUUAACAGUAUCACAAAUUAUGUGGGCACGAGGUGUACACAUGAUUUUAGAUCAUCCAAACGCUCAUAACAACUUGGAAAAAUUUGAGCAAAAAUGUAUUGGGGAUUUGAACGAUUUGGCUAGUUUAAUUCGAACGGAUUUGGAUUCGGUCACAAGAAAAGUCUUAAUUGCUCUAAUAACAAUUGAUGUGCAUGCACGAGACACCAUAAGAAAUAUGGUUGAACAUGGAGUGAAAAAAAGCGAUAGUUUUGAUUGGUUAAAAGUCUUGAGGUACUACUGGGAUGAGCAUCUUGAUGAUUGUGUUACGAGAAUGUCAUCGGCUUAUUACAUUUACGGUUAUGAGUAUUUAGGAGCAUCGGGUGUUUUGGUUAUAACCCCCUUAACCGAUCGUUGUUAUCUAUGUCUAAUGGGGGCGCUCCAAUUGGAUUUAGGAGGUGCCCCUGCUGGGCCUGCAGGAACCGGUAAAACUGAGACUACUAAAGACUUGGCAAAGGCUUUAGCCAUUCAAUGUGUUGUUUUUAACUGUUCGGAAGGUUUAGAUUAUAAGAUAAUGGGGCGUUUUUUUGCCGGUUUGGCACAAUCUGGGGCUUGGAGUUGUUUCGAUGAGUUUAAUCGAAUUGAUAUUGAAGUACUUUCGGUUAUUGCACAACAAAUUAUUACGAUACGUAAUGCCAAAGCUGCAAAAUUGACACGGUUUAUGUUUGAAGGACGUGAAAUUAAACUAGUGCACAAAUGUGCGACUUUUAUUACAAUGAAUCCGGGAUAUGCCGGAAGAACUGAGCUUCCGGAUAAUUUAAAAGCUUUAUUUAGACCAAUUGCAAUGAUGGUGCCCGAUUAUGCACUUAUUGCCGAAGUUAUUUUAUAUUCUGAAGGUUUUGAGUCGUCGAAAGUACUUUCGCAAAAAAUGGUCCAAAUGUAUAAACUUUGUAGCGAGCAAUUGUCACAACAAGAUCACUAUGAUUUUGGGAUGCGUGCUGUUAAAAGUGUUUUGGUGAUGGCAGGGUCGCUGAAGAGGGCGAAUCCUGAUCGAAACGAGGAUGUGGUGCUGAUUUGUGCCUUGCGUGACAGCAAUUUGCCCAAGUUUUUGGCCGAUGAUGCUCUCCUCUUCCAAGGAAUUUUGAGCGAUUUAUUUCCCGGAGUCGAGUUACCAGAGCAAGAUUAUGGUAAAUUCCAGGAGGCUAUCGUCGACGUCAUGAUCCACCAACAGCUCCAACCUGAGAAACCCAUGAUCCGGAAAGUGAUUCAAUUGUACGAAACCAUGAUUGUAAGAUGGGGUGUAAUGUUGGUGGGGCCAACUGGUGGUGGCAAAAGUACCGUUUUAAACACAUUAAAUAAAGCCUUGACAAAAAUGUACCAUGAUGGUAUCGAAGGACCAUAUUACCACCCCGUGCACACUUAUACCAUGAACCCAAAAGCGGUAACCGCUGGUGAACUCUACGGAGAAGUGAAUAUUUACACUCUGGAAUGGCGUGAUGGUCUUAUGGGUAUUAUGAUGCGAACUGCUGUGCAAUGUACCGAAGAGGACCAUCAAUGGAUCAUUUGUGAUGGUCCCGUCGAUGCUGUCUGGAUUGAAAAUUUAAAUACCGUUCUAGACGAUAAUAAAAUGUUAUGUCUUGCGAAUUCGGAACGAAUUAAACUCACACCUUAUGUCCAUAUGGUUUUUGAAGUAAUGGAUUUGGCCCAAGCCUCACCAGCGACUGUCAGUCGAUGUGGGAUGGUUUACAUCGAUCCUGACGAAAUCGGUUGGUUGCCUUAUGCCAAAUCAUGGGUGGAAAAACGCCCCGAUGAUGUUUUAAACCACGAAAUGAAACAAUUCAUGAUUGGUUUAUUCGAAUAUUCGGUUGAAAACGGUUUUGGUUUUGUGAAAAAACACGGUGAUUUUUCCAUACAUCAGGUUGAUAUAAGUAAAGUUGCAAUGCUUUGUGCCAUCAUUGAGAGUUAUCUAAACGUACCAAAUGCGUUAGAAAAUAUUGGUGAAAAAAGCAAAGUCAAGAGUUAUCUAUCACAGGUGUUUAUUUUUGCCUAUAUUUGGGCUCUUGGUGGUAAUCUUACUGAUGCGUCAAAGGAGAAGUUUGAGGUGUUUGUGAGGGAACAAUUUGAUGAAUACCCAGAUGCAAGAUUACCUCCAGGUAUUGAUUUGUAUGGUGUUUUUAUGAAUAGUCAAGACCAUCGUUUAGACCCAUGGGCAAAAAUCCUCCCAACUUUCAACUACAAACAAGAAGUACCAUUUUUCGAGAUGUUGGUACCAACCAAUGAUACUGUACGUUUUGGGUACGUGAUGGAACGUCUCAUGUAUGUGAAUUAUCCCGUCUUGUUUGUCGGCGAUACUGGUGUUGGUAAAACUGUGGUGGCAAAAAACGUCCUUAAUCGUCUCUACGAAACUGGUGAUUUUGUCCCAGUCACUAUAAAUUUCUCGGCUCAAACUAGUAGUUUUCGAACACAGGAAAUCCUCGAGUUAAAAUUGGAGAAAAAGAAGAAGACUCUUCUGGGGGCACCGAUGGGCAAAAAAGUGUUACUUUUUGUCGAUGAUGUUAAUAUGCCAAAGCUGGAGACUUAUGGGGCUCAACCCCCGAUUGAGUUACUCCGCCAGUUUCUCACCUAUGGGGGUUUGUAUGAUAGGGAGAAGUUAUUCUGGAAGGAGAUUCGGGAUGUUGUCGUGUCGGCGGCUUGUGCCCCACCUGGGGGUGGCAGGAACCCCCUCACGCCUCGUUUUGUGCGUUUUUUCGCAAUGUUGUUGAUACCGCCACCGAAUGAGUUUGCUCUCAAGGCCAUCUUUAAGGCGAUUCUUAAGGGUUUUCUUUUUGAUUUUUCGAAUGAAAUUAGGGAUUUGGGGGAUUAUAUGGUUAGUGCAGCCGUUGAGAUUUAUCUGAGGAUUGCGACUGAUUUGUUGCCAACUCCUGCGAAAUCCCACUAUGUGUUUAAUCUUCGGGAUUUGUCGAAAUGUGUCCAAGGGGUGCUCCAAGCCGAUUCGGGGACUAUGAGGGAGGAGAGUGCAAUGUUGCGAUUGUUUUACCACGAGUGUUUGAGGGUUUUUCACGAUCGUUUGAUCAAUGUUGAGGAUAAAUCGUAUUUUUAUUUCCUGAUGAGGGAGAUUUGUGGACGAAACUUUGGUACAGCAGUUUUAGCUUUGCCCGAUCAACCGGUUAUAACCCAUCCACCGUUGUUACUUUUUGGUGAUUUCAUGCAAUAUGGGGCGAAUAAAGAAGACCGAAUUUACGAGGAGAUUAAAAAUGUUGAUAAAAUUCGAAGCGUUUUACAAGAUUAUUUGGACGAUUAUAAUCUUCUCGAAUCGAAAGACAUGCAAUUGAUUUUUUUUAUGGAUGCAAUUGAGCAUUGUGUUCGUAUUGCGAGGAUUUUGAGGUCGGAGAGGGGGAAUGCCCUCCUUGUUGGAGUUGGAGGAAUGGGGAAACAAAGUCUGACACGAUUAGCAUCACAUGUGAAUGCAUACAAGUGUUUUCAAAUUGAGUUGACACGAAACUAUGACAGAUCGUACUUUUUUGAGGAUUUGAGGAAAAUGUAUUUUAAUGCAGGGGCGAAUAAUGCAAAUUCAGUUUUUCUCUUUACCGACACGCAAAUUGUGCAAGAGGAUUUUCUCGAGGAUAUUAACAAUAUACUAAAUUCAGGCGAAGUUCCGAACCUUUUCGAAGCCGACGAAUACGAGAAAGUGAUAAUUGCAACUCGAGACCCAGCAAAAACUGCAGGAGUCGAUCCCGGUAACCGUGACGGUAUUUACGACUAUUUCAUAAGCAGAGUUCGCAAUAAUUUGCAUUUGGUAAUUUGUAUGAGUCCAGUAGGUGACGCUUUUCGACGACGUUGUCGCAUGUUUCCCUCAUUGGUCAAUUGUUGUACGAUUGAUUGGUUCGAGAAAUGGCCCCAUGAAGCGCUCUUAUCAGUCUCUCAAAACGCAUUAAAAGACUUGGGAAGCGAGGAAAUUUGCAAUAAUUUAUCAACGAUUUGUGUGACAAUUCAUGAAAGUGUUGAAGAAAUGACUGAACGGUUUUAUCUCGAAAUGAGACGGCAUUAUUAUACGACACCAAGUAGUUAUCUGGAAUUGUUGAAACUCUACCGAAAAUUACUCGAGACGAAAAAAGAACAAGUUAUUUAUAAAAGAUCACGAAUUAGUAACGGAUUACAAAAAUUAUACGAAACUAAUUCAGUUAUUGAAACAAUGAAGGAGACUCUGAUUGCUUUGGAGCCGGUUUUGGCUGAAAAAUCGGUCGCUGUGGAUGAAUUAAUGUCAAAUUUGACAACAGAACAACACCAAGCCGAUAAAGUCCGCGCUAUUGUCAAAUACGACGAAGAAAUCGCCAAAGCAAAAGCUGAAGACACUCAAGCUUUGGCUGAUGAUGCCCAAAGAGACUUGGAUACGGCCCUACCGGCCUUGGAAGCCGCCACGAAAGCUCUUGAAGCUCUCAAUAAGAAUGAUAUUAACGAAAUUAAAGUGUUUCAAAAACCGCCAAAACUUGUACAGUAUGUUAUGGAAUCGGUUUGUCUUCUUUUGGGGGCAAAGACUGAUUGGGCUGCAGCUAAGAUUGUCCUCGGUGAUGUUAAUUUCCUAAAGAAGCUUCAAGAGUACGACAAGAAUCACAUAACUGAGCAAACUUUACGGAAAUUGAAGUCGUAUGUUGAUAAUCCUGAUUUCGUCCCAGAUAAAGUCGGGAAAGUGUCAAAGGCAUGCAAGAGUAUGUGUAUGUGGGUACGGGCGAUGGAUAUGUAUGCGAAAGUCUACAAAAUUGUUGAACCAAAAAGGAAAAGAUUGGAGCAGGCCGAAAAGGAGCUGAACCAGGUGAUGGGCCUCCUACGCGAGAAGCAGCGCCAACUCGCCGAAGUCGAAGCAAUGAUCGCCGCCCUCGAGGCGAAAUUCAACCAAACAUUGGCCGAAAAAGACGCCCUCGAGCACGAAAUGGAAUUAACAUCAAAUCGACUCAAUCGUGCUGGUCGUUUAAAUGUCGCCCUCGGCGACGAACAAGCCCGAUGGGAGCGUUCCGUGAAGGAAUUCGCUGUAGAACUUGAAAAUAUCCUUGGUGAUGCCCUAAUUGCGGCCGCUUGUGUGGCCUAUUUAGGCGCAUUUACCAGUUUGUAUCGCAAUGAACUCGUCGAUUUAUGGGUGGAGAAAUUCAAAGAGUUUGAAAUUCCCGCUUCGGAUAAUUUUAGUUUGAUUCGGGUCCUAGCCGAUCCUUAUGAUAUUCGUAUGUGGAAUUCGUUCGGUCUCCCACGUGACACUGUCUCGACUGAAAACGCCAUUUUGGUCACCCAGGCAAGUCGUUGGGCCCUUAUGAUUGAUCCACAAGAGCAAGCGAAUCGUUGGAUUCGACAAAUGGAAGCUGCGAAUGAUUUGCGAGUGGUGAAACUCACCGAUUCGAAUUUUUUGCGAGUUUUAGAGAGUGCGAUUCGGAUUGGUAAACCGGUGCUUUUGGAGGAGGUGGGGGAGACGUUGGAUCCCACUUUGGGACCGAUUUUGACCAAACAGACGUUUAUGCAGGCUGGAAGACUUUUGAUUCGUUUGGGGGAUUCAGAUGUGGAAUAUGAUACGAAUUUUCGUUUUUAUGUCACUACAAAAUUGGCAAAUCCGCAUUAUUUGCCCGAAAUUUGUAUUCAAGUGACGAUUGUUAACUUUACAGUGACAAAAUCGGGAUUAGAGGAUCAGUUAUUAGCUGAUGUUGUGCGUCUAGAACGGCCCGAUUUGGAAUCUCAAAGAACGGAAUUGAUUAUACGAAUCAAUAACGACAAAACCCAAUUGCAAUUAAUCGAGGAUAAGAUUUUGAAAUUGUUGUAUCAAUCCGAGGGUAACAUUUUGGACGAUGAGGAACUAAUUGAGACUCUAAAUGAGAGCAAAGAAACUUCAGCUGUGAUUGCAGCCCGUCUUUUGGAAACCGAAUCAACCGAACGUAAAAUUUCAGAAGCACGUGAAAAAUACCGAACUGUUUCAGUCCGUGGUUCAGUUCUUUAUUUCGUCAUUGCUCAAUUAGCUGAAAUUGAUCCGAUGUAUCAAUACUCGUUGAAAUAUUUCAAACAAAUUUUCAACACUGUYAUUGAGACUAGUGAGAAAAGUGCUGAUCUUAAACAACGACUUGUGAUUUUAUUACGCGAAAUAACGGCAUUUGUUUAUACGAAUGUGUCACGUGGUUUGUUUGAYAGACACAAAWUGGUUUAUAGUUUUAUGCUUUGUGUUGCGAUUUAUCAGGAGAAGGGGGAAAUCAGUGAUAAUCAGUGGAAUUUUUUGCUUCGGGGCCCCGUGGGGGCUAAAAUCGAGUUGCCCCCAAAGCCGGAUUAUGCGCUAAUCACCGAUGCAAUGUGGCUUUCGGCGAAUUUUCUCGCUGUUAGUAUUCCAGGUUUUGAGAAAUUACCCGAGGAAAUUACCAAUGUGAUCAGUGUUAGUAUUUCGGAUUUUCGUCAGGAUAUUUCAGUGGUGCCAAAUGCGCGAGCUAGUGGCCUGAAAUGGAACCAGAUUUUGGACGAUUUCAACAAAUUGUUGCUCCUGAAAACGCUGAAAGAGGAGAAGUUGGUGUUUGCCAUCACCGAAUAUGUCAAAAUUAAACUGGGGAAGCAGUUUAUUGAAAGUCCACAAGUGUCGCUUCAAGUUUUGUAUCAGGAUACGUCAAAUAUAACUCCUUUGGUGUUUAUUUUGAGCACCGGUUCGGAUCCUUUUGGGUCGUUUCAGCGUUUUGCCGACGAAAUGGGUUUUCGUGAAAGGAUCAAAUCGAUUUCGCUGGGACAAGGACAAGGACCUGURGCUGAAAAAAUCAUCGAAUUGGGAUUAGAACGUGGCGAUUGGGUUUUUCUCCAAAAUUGCCAUUUGGCGACGUCCUGGAUGUUGGCAAUGGAACGUCUUGUGAUAAAAAUCGCGGAACAAUCAUCCAAAGUCCACAAAGAGUUCCGGUUGUAUAUGAGUUCAAUGCCAUCAAAGUCAUUUCCGGUUUCCGUUUUGCAAAAUUCAGUGAAAGUAACCAAUGAACCACCGAAAGGGAUUAGGGCUAAUAUCAAAAGGGCGUUUACCGAUAUGCAACAGGAGUUUUUCGAGGAACAUCCUUUGAAGCAAGACUGGAGAUGUAUGAUUUUUGGUACUUGUAUGUUUCAUGCCAUCAUUCAAGAACGAAAGAAAUUCGGCCCUUUGGGUUGGAAUAUCACUUAUGAAUUCAACGACAGUGAUCGAGAAUUUGCGUUUAAUACUUUGAAAAUGUUUUGUGCCGAAGGGACGAUCCCUUGGGAUGCUUUGGAAUAUUUAACAGGAGAGAUUACGUAUGGUGGACGUGUGACGGAUUAUUGGGAUUUGCGUUGUUUGAAAACUAUUUUAAAGAUUUUUUUCUCGCCUCAAAUACUCAAACCGCAUUAUAAGUAUUCGCCCAAGGGGAUUUAUUACUGUCCUAGUUUUACGAAACUUGAGAAAUAUCAAGAGUUUAUUGAUGGUCUUCCGAUUUUGGAAGAACCGGAGAUUUUUGGAAUGCACGAAAAUGCAAAUAUCGCAUAUCAAAUAAAAGAGACACAAAAUAUACUUUUGACGAUUAUGGAGAGUCAACCGCAUACUUCGGGGGGCGCUGAAGGCCAACAAACCGAUAAUAUCGUCUAUGAUUUAGCGAAUUUAGUGACUGAUUGUUUAAUGACGAAAAUAUCGAUGGAUGAAGCCAAUGUUAACAUGUUUAAGAGAGACGACAAAGGCCGAUUACCCUCACUCACAACUGUCUUAAUUCAAGAAGUCGACCGUUAUAACAUUUUACUCAAAUUGAUACACAACUCAAUGGARAAUUUGAAAAAGGCAAUCAAAGGUUUAGUUGUCAUGUCGGACGCUUUGGAGGAGGUUUAUGUCGCCUUCACCAACAAUCAAGUACCGAAAAUGUGGUCGAAAAAAAGCUACAAUUCAUUGAAAAGUCUUGGAAGUUGGAUACGAGACUUGGUGUUACGACUCGAUUUCAUUAAAAUUUGGGUGCGUUCAGGUCCUCCAGCUUCGUACUGGCUAUCGGGUUUCUACUUCCCUCAAGGUUUCCUAACCGGAACUUUACAAACCCAUGCCAGAAAGUAUAACUUACCGAUCGAUCAACUCAAAUUCGAUUUUGAGGUACAAAAAGUAUGGAUUGAACAGGAACAAGUGAAGAAGAUUCACGAUGAGGAACAACACGAAAAUUUGGAAGUUUAUAAAGGUUUGCAUCAUCCGCAAGAUGGGGCUAUAGUUCAUGGGCUUUUCCUCGAUGCAGGCCGAUGGGACACACCAACUCAUAAAUUAGUUGAUGCCAAACCUGGUGAAAUUAAUCCCUUACUACCGGCUAUUUGGAUGUUACCAAAGACUAAUUUACCCCCAAAUGAUAAAAGAUAUGUGACUCCAUUGUACAAGACAUCGAUACGUGCAGGUGUCUUAUCGACAACAGGACACAGUACGAAUUUCGUAAUCGCUGUUUUGUUACCAACUGAUAAACCACAAAGUUACUGGAUAUUGAAAGGAACUGCAUUAUUGACACAAAUCACUGAUUGAUUAUUUUUAUUUGAUUUACGAAGAAGACGCGAUUAGAGUUUGUUGCAAAUGUAAAAUUUCAUCGGGAAUUGCUUCUUUGAGACACUUUCGGGACGCCUCGGAGUAAUUCGUGAACGUUUCAAGGAAACUCAUGGCUAGGGAUACUUCUAAAGGCAAGUCGGUGCUUUUAACACUAAAAAAAAACGUUUAAAACUGAAAUUGACAAGUUUUUUACCCACCUUAUGUUGUAUCUAGUCAAUUGUGUGAUAUAAUCACUUAAUAAGUUGAUAAAACUUUCGUUUAAUUUGUUAUGGAAUUGUUUGAUGAGAGUGUGAAUUGAGACAGCAAAUGUGGUCCCAUCGAUUUGGUCCGUAUUUCGUUUGUUUCGUGGGAAAAAAACUUUGUGUAAAUGUGCAAUCACAAAAACGAAAAUUGUGAUAUAAUGAUUGUUGUCGAACUUUGACGUGAUGUAGAUUUUAUUAAAUGGGUUAUUUAAGCCCGAGUAAUCGAAAUAGUGUGAUAGUGUGGACAUGAUUUCCUCACUUGGGGCACAUUCACCAUUAACAAUGUCGAGUAAUAAAGCCCUGAAACAAUUAUUUGAGUGGAAAAAAUCGCAAAAUUGCUUUACUUAUUGAGUGAACGUAGUGACGAUUCCAAAUUUUUCGCAUUAAACUUGCACGCUUUAUUCAAAUGAAAUGCAAUUAAAUUCCUCAAUAAUUGCAAUUGGCCCACGAGUAGAACACAAUCAAGAAACUCAAACCAAAUUUUCGUUGUUCGAUUUACACAAUUUUGGUAAAAUUUGACCGGAUUUGUGACGUUUUCACUCGAAAUGAUAUCUUUAUGAAUGCUAGUCAAAAUAUUACACCAUGUGUUCGUUUUGGUGUCUUUCAUUUCCAAGAAACCGGUCAAUUUUUGCAAAUUGGUGAUUAUCAUGAAGGAGAAAAGCCGGUCAAGGCCCACCAACCCAGCAAUUUCAAUGGCAGAUGCGACCAACGCUAUGGUUUCUUUGUUAAAAAUGGGUUUGUGUGUCUUGAUGUCGUACCAAGACGAUGUUUGUUCCAAAUAAACGGACUGUCUAAGAAAACAAUUUGGAAGUGUUGUGUGAAAACAUGAAAAUUGACUCACUUGGGGUCUGUUAAUUUGAUUAUUUCUCGUGCUAAUCGCCCAAUGAAAUUUUCACUAAAACAAUCGGUACUUGGAUAGAGAGGAAUUGGGACGUAGCGACUCUGAAAAGUGCUCUCCCAAGUGUGGAUUUUGUUACGCAAAAAACCGUUGCAUUCCUGCUCAACGUUGUAGUUGAUGAUUCGAGUCACCUCUUCU